GCUACUAUUGGGAGUAGUAGGAAGAUGCUUAUAUUUUCCGUCUCGUUACUUGACUCCCGUUACAAAAAAAAACGCCGCGUAUUUAACGGCAAAGAAUAAUAUAUAAAAAGGGACUGAGACGUGCUUUGCUUGGUGAACAGAUAUAUAUUCAGCUUAAUACCAGGUGUAAAAGUGUGGGGGCGAGUGUGUGUGUGAGUAACUGAAGUGAGCAAGUGCGUUUUGUUUCAUCUCCUCUUGCCUUAUAUUGUUAUUCUGGAUUAAGGGUGCUAACAAUAUAUAUACAUAUUUACAUGUAUACAAGAGACAAGACCAGAACAGAGGUGAAUAAUAUAUUUGUACAAUUAAAACUCCAAGGAAAGAGUGAAGGAGAGACAUCAGCCCAGACACGAGUCAGAGCCCAUCAUCCGCUCAUGGCAAUUGGAUAUCAUUUUUUUUUAUUAUUGAAUGCAAUUAAGCUGAGAGUGCUGUAACAAACCUGGGAUAAUACGAUAAUAACAUUUGCUUAGGGAUUUCUUCUUCUUUUUUUUUUCUUUUUUUUUUCGUCGACUAAACGAGUAGUGUAGACGAGUGUGCGUGGAAAGAGGGUGCGAAGCGUGGAUGAAGGUCGUGGAUGCAGGGUGUAGUAGAGGGCGAGGAUCGUUUUGUGGUGGCGUUGAGAGUACGCGUAAACGCAGAACGUAAAACACCAAAAGUAUAGGUGGUUAACAAUUUUUUUUUUAAUAUUUUAGUGGGUGUUGUACAUACAGACAACAGUUACACCGUAAAGUAUUGAUAACAAUGAUAAUAAAUAUUAUCAGUAUUAUUGGAGUUACAAUAAGUAAAAAUUGAUGGUGAAAUAAGAGUAGUAUUAACUGAAGAAACGGAAGAAGAAAGUAGUGUAACAACUUGCUCAAUAGAUUGUGUGUUAAAAAAACGCGGCGUUACACGUCUUUUUUACGAGACCUAUGGAUUUUUUGCAGCGGCCUCUUACUACUUGCCGAAUAAGAAAAUUCGUCUCAGUUCUUGGUACUUUUUAUUGCUUACACCAUAAUCAUAACUGCUACGUCUGCUACUUGGACAUGGAUCACUGGAUCUGAAGCUGGAGGUGUCACUUGCACACCCGAGUUAACGAUAAACGACAGCGUACAACAUAGACCUCUGCACGAGAUCCAAUUUUAUCAUCAUCAACAAACAUCAUCGUCCGGCUGUGUCCAAUGAAUUAAUCAGCGGAAGAUUACACCGACAAUAAGUUGAGAAGAACAACGGGGGUGAGCGCCGCUGUAAGAUAAAUAGUCUGGAGUAUAAAUAUAAGAAGCGGGAGAAGAUAACGAGAUGUAUCGUUACGUUAAAAGCACGUUGUACAUCAGCAUACUUUUUCUCAUGAGUAUUGGAAUCAGUCAUCAACAGGAGGAGGACAUUCCACACAAUGAAGUGAGAAACUGGGCACUUAAGUUUGGCGUCGAUCUGUGGGAGUUUGGACGACAAGCAACUAAACUUAGCGAAAUACAGAGGAAUUACCAUGGGAUGGAAGCAACUGUAAAUAAAAAAGACGGUUUGGUCCUGGUACGUGAAAUGGCCGCUGAAGUUAAAAAUAUGAUGGACUUUAAGAUGAAUGCUGUUAUGAGAUUGAUGGAAAGUGCGGAGCAAGCUGCAGUAUCAUCGCCAAGGGAUUCAACAACAUCACCCCGAUACUACAGUUCCCAUGAGAUCAACAGAUUCACUGAUGAUGGUAAACUCACACCCGGUACACGUGAAUUGCUACUCUCGAUGAAUCGUCACUUUGACAAUUUACCCGUCAAUUUGAGCAUGUCUGCAGUACUUUUUCCUCCGGGUGUUGAGGAUUCUGACAGUCAAGUCUCUUCUGGACUUCAAUGGAGUGAUCACUUGGACCCACUUUUUGUUAAUAAUUAUGAAAAUGAUCCGACUUUGUCUUGGCAAUAUUUCGGAGCAACUUCCGGUUUCUUAAGGCGUUUUCCAGCAAUAUCAUGGCCGCCGAGAGGAAAAGGGUCAAGACCUGACCCACCGGACGUCCACGACUUCCGUAUGUCGGACUGGUUCGUCGGCGGCGCAACCUGCCCCAAAGACUUGACAAUAUUAGUCGACAGUACAAGUUUUUCAUCUAAAAAAUUGCGUAAACUGACAAUAGCCACGACAAAAAAUAUCUUGGACACAUUGUCAACAAACGACUAUGUAAAUGUCUACCGUUACUCCGAGAGUGUUGAAGAGACUGUUCAAUGUUUCAAGGAUUUACUGGUCCAAGCAUCGCCGGAAAAUAUACGUCAACUGAAGAAUUCAUUGUACUCAAUACAAUCAGAUUCAACGGCAAAUGUAUCAGCCGCAAUGGCCACUGGGUUUGAAAUUCUCUAUAAGUACAAUAGAACUGGACAAGGUGCACAGUGUAAUCAAGCCAUUAUGUUGGUUACAUCUAACACUGAGACUGCAUCCUCAGACCUUAUUAAAAAAUAUAAUUGGCCCCAUAUGCCCGUAAGGAUAUUCACCUAUCUCGUUGGUGGUGACAAAAGCUCUGAGUUGCAAGAAAUGGCUUGUGCUAAUAAAGGUUUUUACGCCCGAGUGACGUCAAUGGAAGACGUUAAGACUAAAGUUUUUGAGUACGUGAAAGUUUUAGCACGACCUAUGGUUUUGUAUCAACAUGAUCAUCCAAUUCAUUGGACACCUGCUUAUGUAGGCGGCGAGAGCAGUAGAUACGGGGAAGAAAGACGUGGUCAAUUAAUGACAUCUGUAACAGCGCCUAUUCUAGAUCGCCGUAAUCACACAGUUAAAACCGCCAACUUGUUGGGAAUAGUUGGAACAGAUGUACCGAUAGACCAAGUACAAAAGCUCGUGCCACCUUACAAGCUGGGUGUAAAUGGCUACUCGUUUAUCGUCGACAAUAAUGGUCGUGUCUUGUAUCAUCCAGAUCUACGUCCUUUGCCGACAAGUCAAAAUUAUGAAAACUCAUUGCAUCCUAGAUACACGAGCGUUGACUUGUCAGAAGUUGAACUAGCAGAGUUUGAAGGACCUAGUUACAUUUACAAUAAUAACUCACUACUUUUUGAUUUAAGGCGCGAUAUGAUUGAACAAAAAGAGGGAGAGACAAAUUUCCCGGUGAAAAUUCAUUACGAUAGUAUGAAACGUGUGACGAUUCGUCGACACAAUUAUUUUUACGAGCCUAUUGUCGGGACUCCGUUCUCUCUGGGGUUAGCAUUGCCGGAGGGCUAUGGUAUGCUAGAAGUCCACGCUGAACUGGAGCUGAAACACGCUAUUUUAAAUGUGUUUGACUAUCUGAAUGGAAGUAAUUGGAAAGUUCAUCCAGAUUGGGUUUACUGUGAGUACAGUUCAGCGUCCGAUAAGCAAUUUUCUACCCCUGAGGAACGUAUUCUCCAUUUCCUCGGUCGUACUCGUAUGCCGGGUUGGAAGUGGAUGUCUAUGAGACCUAAGAGUCCCAGCUCGCAUCAUAAUCAAGCGAGCAAGCCCGAUAAAGAUGCGCAUUACUGCGAUAAAAGAUUAGUACAGUCACUAGUUAUGGAUGCAGUUGUAACUGGUGGGUUCAAUAAAAGAGACACAAACUUGAUGCACAGGGAAGAUAAUCAGAACCCCAUUGCCAUACUGAUGGCUCUUCUGCACAGCCAAGGAAAGGGGAGGUUCGACGUCGUCCGAAGUUUCAUUGCGACAAGGAGUGGCCUCUUUCGAUGGCACGACCAUCAAGACAAUAAGGAAGCCGAAGACGAACCGCAUUUCGCUGACAUGAACAAAAGAGCUAUGGACACAUCAUGGUACAAAAGAGCCGCGGAACAACAUGCUGUGGAGCCUGAGAGUUUCGUGUUCAGUGUGCCUUUCAACGCUGCGGAAAUGACGGAACCACUUGUUACGGCAACUCACGCGGUCUUCUUCGAGGGUAAAAAUCAGCAUAAGGCACCAGCUGCUGUUGUUGGUAUCCAACUACAGCAUUCGUCAUUAUCAUCGCACUUUAUGAAUAUUACAUCGACGUGCGCGUCUUGUAAAAAAAACUGCGCAUCCACAGACCUAGACUGUUAUAUUCUCGACAACAGCGGGUUCAUAAUUAUAAGCGAGAAUAAUGAACACACGGGUAAAUUUUUUGGUGAAAUUGACGGCACUAUUAUGGACUCCCUUGUGCAGGACAGGAUCUACAGGAAAGUGACGGUAGUGGAUUAUCAGGGUCGUUGUCCUCCUCAAGAGUCCCAUUUAUCGUCAGCACCACGAACAGUAUCCGGAUCAAUUAUCAAGACAAUUGUAACAGCAUUCGGUCUUAUCUGGUCUUCAAUACUAAAAUUAAACAUCUACGACGCAAUUAGCCCGGCAUUUGCCUGGCCAAAUGACUCUAAUUCCGAUGACGAUAUUAAAAUCGAUGACGAGACAAAUUCUUACGAAUCGAAAAAUUUGUCGGAGGAGCCAACGGCUGGAAAAGAUAAAGGAUCUCCAUUUCCGGCGGUAGCGUCUCCACCAACAGUUCCGCCUGCCACUCACGCAACAUCAGCUCAAUAUACGAUCAAUAAAGUACGUCCGUGUGAAAAGAAGACAGAUCUGUAUAUUUUGCAACCCGAAAGAUUGAACACAAGUGGUCAGAGCAAUCCGCUCAAGGGUAAACUGACGAACUGCCAUGUAACCGGAUGCGAGAGGCCUUUCAGUGUCCAAAAGAUCCUUCACACAAAUCUUAUUCUGCUGGUGGUGGAUACCCUCUGUCCGUGUGGCAGUAAGCAGCUUAGCAUUGAGCCUACGGAAGCUGCCAACGAACCAGGAGUUUGUUCAGCCCGACGUGAUCGGCUCUACCGACGACGGCCACCAAAAUGUAUUAAUUAUCAUCCCGAGGAAAUGGAAAUAAAAUAUUGCGGUAGCGGCAGCAAAUUAAGUUUAUCGUACGGUCUCAUCCUCGCCUUGUUGUCGGUCUACUUUACGUGACUCGCUCCGUUAACUAUCUCGCGAUUCAACGAGUAAUUUACGCAUUAAUAUAUGUAUAUAUAUAUAUGUACAUAUAUAUAUUUACGUAUUUCAGUAUAAAUAUAUAAUAUAUAUUUAUUAUUAUUACUAUUAAUAUUAUAUAAUUAUAAUUAUUAUUGAUAUUAUUUAUAUUGAGUUUACAUGCAGCUAUUUUACGGCGUAGUACUCAGAGCAAUAGCAAUGACGGGGAACAGGAUAAUAAUUUAAAAAUAACAAUAAAUAAUAAACAAGUCAGUGUGGAUAUUUUAAAAAAUAAUAAUAAUGAUAAAUAGGAUUUUAAUAAAUUUAUUUCAUUGAUUGUCCAUUUAUAAAACGGCUGUUAAAUAAACGCGUAAUUAAAUGCAAAGUAAAGAGACUAAUUAAAAAAAAUAUCCAAUUCUGCGAAGAUGUUAUAACUCUUAUUAUUAAAUUAAAUUAAAUAAUAAUCAAUAAUAAUAAUAAUAAUAUUAUUAUUAUAUUGAAUUGGGAGAUGAAUUUCAAAUAAAAAAAUAUUUAUGAGAAAAAUGAUGAAAAAUUUAAAAAAAACAUGAGAGCGAGAGAGAGAAAGAGAGAGCGAAGUGUAAUGAUGUUUGAGAUUGAUUCGCCGUCCGAGAGUGCGACUCCCCUAUAUAUAUAUAUAUAUACAUAUAUAUAAUAAAUAAAUAAAUAUUGAUCCGUGGUUUAAAACGGGCCAAUAAAUGUUUAGACAAUA